GACGACCAUCAUGUCCACUCAGGCGCCGACAUUCACACAGCCGCUGCAGAGCGUCGUGGCACUUGAGGGUAGUGCCGCCACGUUUGAGGCUCAGAUUAGUGGUGAGGAAGCUUCCUGAGUACCCCCAGUUCCUGAGGUGAGCUGGUUCCGUGAUGGCCAGGUUCUUUCAGCUGCCGCUCUAGCUGGUGGUCAAAUCUCGUUCGGCGAUGGCCGCGCUGUUCUGAGGAUCCCCGCUGUGACCGCUGCACACAGUGGAAGAUUUUCUGUCAGAGCCACCAAUGUGUUGGCCAAGGCCACGAGCACCGCUGAGCUCCUCGUCAAAGUGGAAACAGCGCCCCCUAGCUUCGUUCAGAGACUUCAGAGCUCCACAGUCACAGGCAGCCAGCUCAGGCUGGAUGUCCGGGUCACGGGAAUCCCUACACCUGUGGUGAAGUUCUAUAGAGAAGGAGCCGAGAUCCAGAGCUCCGCCGACUUCAGGAUCCUCCAGGACGGAGACCUGCACAGCCUGAUGAUCGCCGAGGCCUUCCCAGAGGAUUCUGGGACAUAUUCUGUAACUGCCACCAACAGCAGUGGACGAGCCACGUCAACUGCUGAGCUGCUGGUUCAAGGAGAAGAAGCUGUUCCUACAAAGAAAACCAAAACUGCUGUGACAACAUCUCAUAUCGAGACAUCUCAGACCAGAGUCCAAAAGAAGGUGGAGGCGGGUUUCCAAGCUACCACCAUGAUGGAGAUGCACGUUGACGGUGGCGUGAUGACUCACAUCUGGCUCAUAAAACCCCCCGCGGAUCCCUCCAAAGCCCACCUCCCAUGUCCCCACCAUCCUUUGUUUCCAAAGUGA